AAAAAUAUCCAAUGGAAGGAAUCGAUAACAAACCAAUACCACCAUAUCACAAACUUAAAGAAAUCUUUGAAGACGAAUCAAAAUGCAUAGAAUAUUUAAUGGCUAAAGAAAUAAUACCACAAGAACUUAA